UCGAAUCAUUCACAGUCAUUCCGCGACGUCGGUAGACCGCGGCAGCGUCGCUGAAUUCCUCCAAUCGGAACGCAUUCGUCAUCGAAUACACACAUAACUUUUUGUACUUGACCUAUCAAAUUCUAUUAUUUAAUCAAAACACUAUAAUUUCCCGUAAGUUUGUGCCCGUGUCGAGUAUAGCAUUAGAGUUUAGAAAGCUUUGUUACCGCUCGUGUUCGUGCCAGUGAUUUCACUUUUAACGGAGCAGUGUUAGAGUGCAUUCCGCGGACUACAAACCAGUUUUGCAGCGAUUCAAUUUUAAACAAAGAAAAAAAAAAAAGAAUUCGGAAGAAUCCGAUUCGGAGGGAUAUUGGAAAAAUUUGACUUGUGUGGUUCAGUUUUAAGCAUAGUGUUCCAUCGUUCGGGAUUGCGUUGGCAUUGCGACACACCGGAUCGAAGAAAGUGGAAGUGAACAGAGAGCGAAAGUUCUGCUAUAACAUCUUCCACGUUGAAAGUUGACGAUCCGUGACCACAGGCUUAGCACAUCGUCCAUGCUUCUCACGAGUGUAGCAGAGCGAAGACUAAAGUUCAAACAGCAAAUCCAGUGGCGCGGCGUGUUCUUCCGAUCCGGUCCUUGAAUCGGUAGAGGCCGCAGUGAAUCGAGGAUCGUCGAUCGGUGCGGACGUGACGUUACAAGGACGCCAGUCGGCAUGGCUAUGGACACCAGCACUGUGCGUCUCGUGAUAUUCCUCGGGAUGUUCCUCAUGUUCGCCGGUGACUACAGCUACGUGAUCUUCACGAUUUUCGGUCGAUCGUCUCGGCAAAAUAUCACUGAACCGGUUAAAAGUCUGGAGGAUCCUGCAAGCAAGGUUCCUGCAGACAAGGUAGCCUUGACGACGGUGAAGAAGGAUAACGAGAAAGAAAACGCGAUCUCGCGACGCGCGAAGAUGAUGACGACGAUCAAGACGGCUUGCUUGCCCAAGCUUAUAUGCGAACUGACCUCGUCCGUCCAUCAGGAUCAGCUGAGUGAGAUGGAACGGUCACUGCUAAACUUAAUCAGGGACACGAGCUUGAACACGAUGGCGGAAGUGCCCUCGAGGUACCACUUCGCGGCGCAUAUGGGUCAACUGAUAUCCGGCGUGGAAGGUCAAGGAUGUCAUAAUUUCUACCCUACCUGCCCCCUGCCUGGCUCCAGCGUUCUCAACAUGAUGAAGAAGAUUCGACUGCGUUGACGCUAUGAAAUCACGUGGACAAGCAAUGAAAAAAUAUGACAACGCAAUUUGCGAUAUCGCAGAUGAUGUUUCUCGUAACGUCGUUACGAACAGAAUUUCGAUUUUUUUUAAAUUGUGGAUAAUUUCUGUUUCACUCCAAAUGAUGUUUCUUACGAGUAAGAUAUUAUCGUAAAAAGACAGAAAGAAGGAAAACCUUUUUGGUGUACUUCUUAAUACAAGUUAAAAUUAGAUAGUAAUUACGAAGAUAGUUAAGAAACUUACGUCUAGAUUAAGUGUACUUAAGGAAUAAUUUCUAUUAUGAUCAUACUCGACUCUAAUGAGUAGUCAUUAGAUUAGAAAAAUAAAGUUUAAUCGAUGUAAGAUUACUAUAAACUACGUUUAAGUGUAUCGAAUAGUAUUUCAUCCCAGAAAUCUCGUAUAUGUACGAGAGAAAAAUGCGCGAUAAUUAUUUAUUUUUCGUCGUCGAGCGAUCUUUGAUUGCACGUCUCUACGUAAAAUGUAUUACGAAACCACUUGUUUUAUAGUAUAGAAAAUAAAAAACUCUUUUGAACGUACGAAAAUCAUUCGCAA